AGUCCCAUAUGGAUGAUACUUUUUUUUUUUGGGUGAAGCUGCCGGAUAAGGCGCAUGGCUCUGCUUUUCCGCCUUUUAUGCGUAAAACCAAGAAAGCUGCACAAGACAGCAACUCAAUAGUUAAAUGAUAAUUUAACAGUCACCCCCUGCGUGCACGCGCACAUCCGCACGUGUUAAACUCAGGCUUCAUAAGCCAGCAGCUGGGACUGGCACCUCAGUGUUUUCCUCUGAUCCUGUCAGCGCAGUAGCUCGGAGAAGAUGGCACUGGCAGAUGCAGAGCGCGGGGGGUCCUGCUGCGGGGACCCCGGCUCCCUGUUCUCAGAGAUCAUCGAGCUGAACGUCGGGGGACAGGUUUAUGUGACCAGACACAAGACUCUGAUCGCCGUCCCGGACUCGCUCCUGUGGAACAUGUUCAGUAAGAAGUCCCCCAAGGAGCUGGCGAGGGACAGCAAGGGGCGCUUCUUCUUGGACAGGGACGGCUUCUUGUUCCGCUACAUCCUCGAUUAUCUCCGUGAUCUGAACUUGGUCCUGCCGGACUACUUCCCGGAGAAAAGUCGGCUACAGAGGGAGGCGGACUUUUUCUUGCUGCGGGACCUCGCCAAACGCCUCAACCCGCGGGUGAGUAAGGACAACUCGAUCAGUGAGGAGAUCAGCCAGAGCGACACGGAGGAGGGCGCGCAGCAGUCCUUCGGUGGAACCGACACUUUACGCACUAUGUCCGUCACCGGGGCCAUGCGCUCCCCGUCCCUGGAUUCCAGACGCUCCGGCUACAUCACGAUAGGAUACCGCGGCUCCUACACAAUUGGCAGAGACAUCCAAACCGACGCCAAAUUCAGGAGAGUCGCGCGCAUCACCGUCUGCGGGAAGACUUCUCUGGCCAAAGAGGUGUUCGGGGAGACGCUGAAUGAGAGCAGGGAUCCGGACAGGCCCCCGGAGAGAUACACGUCCCGCUACUAUCUGAAGUAUAAUUUUCUAGAGCAGGCGUUUGACAAACUGACAGAGGCGGGUUUCCACAUGGUGGCCUGCAGCUCCACCGGCACCUGCGCCUACACCAGCAACGACCCGACCGAGGACAAAAUCUGGACAAGCUACACCGAAUAUGUAUUCUGUCGGGAAUAGUACUCAUCUGGCUCGUCCGUGCCGCUCUCCGUGUAAAUAUGUGUCAUAAUUUAGAGGGGAAGGUCUUUAAAGUGGUGACGUUUAGUAAAGGCGAAAAACGCAAAACGCGCCAAAAACAGAUUUUACGCAUCGGAUUCUAAGCAGAAUAAGCGGUGCAGCUUUGAGGUACAAAGAGAGCACAGCAUCAUCCAACCCGACACUUAUCCAAAGCUCUAUAUUGCAUAAUAAACUAUCAUCUUGAUCAUCAUGUCAAUGUUUCAGUCAUAUCUGACUCAGCUGUGAGAGCUGAGCAGAGACCAGGAGCAGAAGCAGCCAUUAGUAUUCAGUGUGACUUCGAGACUCACUUGUUUGGCCAAGUUUUGUAAGAUCUUCUAUCGGUUUGAUCGCUGCAGAGAUUGUAAAUGUGCGUGGAGUGUUCCUUGUGUUUGUUAUUAAGUGUUCAGACUAAAUAAAAACAAUCUUCUACUC